CCCAGCCAUCCUCAGCCAGGACUUACCACCCGUCCUUCCAGCACCAUGACACCUGUGUCACCUGUCCAGCUCCUGCUGGUGCUCAGCCUAGCACCCCAGCUGGUGUCUGGAAGUCCCAAGCAAUACUUUCUGAAGUACAUCUUGGAACCUCCACCCUGCCGAGCCGAACCUGAAGACUGCAACACCUUUUGUACGCAGCAGGAGGAAUGUCCAGAAAAUCUCCAGUGCUGUUCUGCCUACUGUGGGAUAGUCUGCUCCUCAAACAAAGCCCCACUGCCGAACACGUACAAGAGACUCAAGACUACUCCGGGCGCUUGACAUUUGAGCCAUGCUCGCCAGCGCACUGCAUACGGGUAAGGUUCUCCUGGCUCCUUGUGGGAAACCUCCUCUUCCUCUCCCCGCAUUCCCCCAAACCACCAGCAUUCUCACUAGGCCAGAACAGCCUCCUUGGCGGUCAGAUUGCCUGCUCCCCCAUUCUUCACUUCACCAGGUCCAUCUUUGAACUCGUUCCCUGGGGGCAGACGAUGGUCUACAACAGAAAGAAGCAGAGCCGUGGCCUAUGGGGACUGCAGGACCCUCAGACCUAAGGCUUUGCCAAGGAACAGGCUGUUCCAGCCUUCCCUGGGCAAGCACCAUGGGCAAGAGGUCAGACUUCACGCUCUGUGAGUCAUUGGUUAACUCACCGUGCCUCUCUGGGACAAUUAACCUGCUCAUGCGAAAGAGAAAGAGGCUCCCUGUGCCUUAGGAUGGUGUGAGGAUGAGACAAGGUUGCACAGAUGGAAGGACACGGUCACCGAGGAGACCCUGCAAAGAUGAGAACACACAUGAUGCCACUCUGACCAGGUUCUAGGUAUUUGCUCUUUGGAAAGGUAGAAAGGGGGUCACCUUUAUCAUUUGACUGAGAUUACAAAAGGU